AUGACAAUGAGGAGCCUAUUCUGUGUACUAACCCUCAGCUCCAUCGCUCUGAGCUAUGCCGUAGGUGGAGAUGUGUGUGUGUCUGGACAUGACAGUGGGCCAGUAUUUGAGGAACAGCCGUCCAGCUUGAUCUACCCGGAGGGUCUUCCAGAAGGAAAGGUGACCCUGAGCUGCCAGGCUAGAGCCAGCCCUGCAGCCACAUACAGGUGGCGACUGAAUGGGACAGAUGUAGCCGUAGGUGAGGACCCUCGCUAUACACUGGUGGCAGGAAACCUGGUCAUCAGUAACCCCCAGCAUGGCCGAGAUGGAGGCUCUUACCAGUGUCUUGCCAUCAACCGCUGUGGCACCAUUGUCAGCCGCGCUGCUAAUCUCAAGUUUGGCUACCUCCAUGAUUUCCCUCCUGAGGGCAGGAGUCCUCAAACAGCAUAUGAGGGGGCAGGCACUUUUCUGGCCUGCCAACCUCCUGCUCACUACCCAGCUCUGUCAUACCGCUGGUUUAUCAACGAGUUCCCCAACUUCAUUCAGCCUGAUGGGGGUAGAUGGUUUGUGUCCCAGGUGACUGGGAAUUUAUACCUGGCCCAGGCAAAGGCUAACGACACAGGAAACUACUUCUGCUUUGCAACCAUCAGCACAGACAUCAGCACCAAGAGCAUCUUCAGCAAGGCUAUACAGCUCACUGUCCAGCCUGAUGCAAACCCCAGGAAGUCAACCCCAAGCAUCCGCGUUCGCUUUCCCUCUGAGACGUAUGCGUUAGCGGGACACACCACACAGCUGGAGUGCUAUGCCUAUGGAAAUCCUGUACCUAAGCUACGCUGGCGUAAGGUGGAUGGGGUUUUGCCGUCUAAAGUCGGGGCCAGCGCCGAGGGGCCCGUCCUGACGUUGCCUGACUUGACUUUUGAAGAUGAGGGGCUGUAUGAAUGUGAGGCCUACAACUCAGAGGGCGGUGACACGUACCAAGGACGAAUCUCUGUGCAGGCCCAGCCAGAGUGGCUGCAGGUGAUGAGUGACUCUGAGGUAGAGAUUAGCUCUGAGCUCCACUGGAGCUGUAUAGCUUCAGGUAAACCCAGGCCCACCAUCCGAUGGCUUCGUAACGGCCAGCCUCUCGGCACACAGGACAGAGUGGAGGUGAAUAAUGGCCGCUUGAAGAUCAGCAAUCUAGCGUUGGAGGAUUCUGGAAUGUAUCAGUGUGUGGCAGAAAACAAACACGGCACCAUCUACUCCAAUGCUGAGCUCAGGGUUCAAGUCCAGGCACCAGAUUUCCGUCUCAACCCAGUGCGGAGACUAGUGCCAGCGGCACGUGGUGGACAAGUGAUGAUGGAGUGCAAACCCCGUGCUGCGCCCAAACCCACACUGUUCUGGAGCCGAGGCACAGAGCUCCUGACCAAUAACAGCAGGAUAACAGUCACUCCAGAUGGUGUUCUGUGGAUUUACAACAUUAGCCGGGCAGAUGAAGGGAAAUACACCUGCUUUGCAGAAAAUUAUCUUGGCAAAGCCAAUAGCACAGGACACCUCUCAGUACGAGACGCCACUAAAAUCACAUUGGCUCCCUCAAACGCUGACAUCAACCAGGGAGAAAAUGUCACAUUGCAGUGCCAUGCCUCACACGACCCUAGCAUGGACCUCACAUUCACUUGGUCCCUGAAUGGGGUGCCUCUGGACCUGGAGGAGCCAAACAGUCACUACCAUCGUGUGGAAGGGAAAGAGACCAUUGGUGACUUGCUGAUAGUGAACGGGCUGUUGAGUCAUGCGGGCACAUAUACUUGUUCAGCCCAGACAGUGGUGGAUAGUGCAGCUGCCUCAGCUAAGCUGGUCGUCAGAGGUCCUCCGGGGCCUCCUGGAGGCUUAGUAGUGAAGGAUGUCAAUGAGACGGCGGUGGAGCUGCGCUGGAGCCGCGGCUAUGACAACCACAGCCCCAUCGGCAAGUAUGUCAUCAUGGGCAGGUCUCCACAAGGACACGACUGGAAGAGAAUGAGGACAGAGCCUCCCAAUAUUGAGGGUAAUGCUGAGUCAGCUCGUGUGAUUGGUUUACGACCCUGGAUGGACUAUGAGUUCCAGGUCAUUGCCAGUAACAUCCUGGGCAGUGGAGAGCCGAGCAUGCCCUCGCAGAUGGUCCGCACCAAACAGGCAGCGCCCACUGUAGCCCCUAGCGAACUGGGUGGAGGAGGAGGAGACCGCAAUGAGCUCAUUGUUACUUGGAAGCCCAUGGCCAGGGAGUACCAGAAUGGAGAUGGCUUCGGUUACAUUUUGGCAUUCCGUAAGAAAAACGUCCCAGCGUGGACAGUGGUACGAGUGCCCAACGUGGAGUCAUCACGAUAUGUCUACACCAAUCAGAGCCUGUCACCCUACUGCCCCUUUGAGGUGAAAAUCAAAGCCUACAACAGGAAAGGAGAGGGUCCCUUCAGUCAGACAGCAGUGGUACACUCUGCAGAGGAGGCACCCACUAUCUCUCCUGGCAAGAUCAACGCCACAGCACUGACUGCCUUUGAGAUUCAGGUGUCCUGGGACCCUGUUCAGCACCUUACCACUAAUGGACCCCUCAGAGGCUAUGAGAUCCGUUACUGGCGGCAGCACGAGAGAGAGGCAGCGGCUGACCGUGUCCGGACAGCGGGGCUUGAGACCACGGCGCGAGUGACAGGCCUAAGGCCCAGCACACGCUACCACGUCACUGUGCUGGCUUACAACAGCGCAGGAACUGGACCAGCCUCCCUCCCAACCACUGUCAUCACCAAGAAACCACCUCCAAACCGUCCCCCAGGCAGUGUCUCAUGGAAGAUUGAUGGAUCUUGGGUAACAGUGAGAUGGGAUCAUGUUAAAUCCAUGGACAAUGAAUCCUCAGUGCUGGGCUAUAAAGUACUGUACAAGCAUGAAGGUCAGUCUGCCCUUAAAGUCUUGGACAAAGGCAAGACGUCAGUCAGUCUCCCUUUACCCAAAGACAAUGGUUAUGUUGUGCUGGAGAUUCGUUCAUGGGGGGAAGGUGGUGAUGGUGCUGCUUUUGAGACUAUUGUUUCACGAGACUCAGGCACUGGAAUGAUGGUCCAGAACAAAGCAGACAUUCCUAGAUUCAACUGCACACCAGCUCUACUCUCAGCUACACUCUUACUAUGUUUCCUCAACUUCAUGGGACUCUGA